AAGAAAAUUUCUCCGAUCAAACAGCACAGUAUUAUCUGAUCAGUAGCCGAUUUAGCAGUAGCAUCUUAAGAUAUUACAAAUUUCUAUUCAAUUACCAAACGAGAUAAUUAAUGAGUUUAUGGGAGAUAGUUAGAAAAAAGACAAUAUGCUUAAGAUGAGCUUGCUAGUUCUUUUCGUUAUCGGCCUGGUCAGUUUGGUACAUCCGAUAGAAUCAUUGCCGAUAGCAGAGGAGAAAAAGAAUCCCAGAUUUUUUGGCGAUUUAUUUGGAUGGUUUACUGGAGGUAACGGAGGUAGUAACAACCAUAAUCAUCAUCAUCGACCAAACGGAGGAGGGCCGAGACCCAUACAAACACUCAUUUUGGGAUACGUGGCCCAGCAGGCGCUGGAUUACUAUUUCGGAGGAGACAAUGCAGGAGGAGGCGGUGGUGGAGGAUGUAGUGGAAAAAAGUGCUAAGUGCAAAUGAUGCUCAUAGAACAACUACAAGGACAAUGUUUUGAAGAAAUCACGUUAGGGGGGAAAACCCUGUGGCUUCCUCAUGCCUGGCAUUAAAAAGACAUUUUGUUGUACUUAUCGAUUGCGUACUCAGUGGUUUUUCUUCGGGUUAGUAAAUGUCGAAAAAUGUAUAGUUGUUUUUAACUCUCUAAUGAUUUUCUAUUAAUGUAGGUAUUCCAAUAGAUUUAUUUUUUUUA